GAGGCGGGCGAGAAGGUGCCUGACAGCGGGCGGGGGGAGCGCUGCCUGCCCGGGGUCCCAGCAGGGGUGACGAGCCCGGCCGGAGGCGCAGCGCGGGCGGCAGCGGCUGGAGCGGCCCCCCCGGGCUGUCCGGCCAGGCGCGCGGGGCUGCCGGGACUUGGAGCGAGUUGGGGAAAGUCCGCGGCGGGCGCUGACCUUCACGGGAGGGAGGAGCUGUAACCUGCCCCACACGUGCAUGAUGGCGUCACGCAUCGGCCUGCGGAUGCAGCUUAUGCGGGAACAAGCACAGCAGGAGGAACAGAGGGAGCGGAUGCAGCAGCAGGCGGUGAUGCAUUAUAUGCAGCAGCAACAGAUGCCGCUGGCCCCCACACCUGCCAUCAACACUCCAGUCCAAUUCCAGUCCCCGCCCUCUGUGCCGGGAGAGGUCUUAAAGGUUCAGUCGUACCUGGAGAACCCCACCACGUAUCAUCUGCAGAAGUCACGGGACAAGAAGGUCCAGGAGUAUAUCUCUGAAACCUACGGGAACAAGUUAGCUGCUCAAAUCAGUCCUAUCCGGCAGUCUCCGAAGCCUCCCCCUGCUGCCUCGCCAGGCAUCAGGCCCGGCCAUGUCAUGUCCUCUUCAGCCGGCAACAGUGCCCCCAACAGUCCCAUGGCUAUGCUCAACAUCAGCUCCAACCCGGAGAGGGAGAUAGACGAGGUCAUUGAUGACAUCAUGCGUCUGGAUGACGUUUUGGGCUAUAUUAACCCAGAGAUGCACAUGCCCAACACCCUUCCAAUGUCCAGCAGUCACAUGAAUGUAUAUAGUGGUGACCCCCAGCUGAUGGCCCCCCUGGUGGGUGUCACCAGCAGUUCCUGCCCCGCUGACCUCACUCAGAAGAGAGACAUGACAGGUAACGCAUAUGCCGAGAGCCGUGCCUUGGCUAAAGAGCGUCAGAAGAAGGACAAUCACAACCUGAUUGAGAGAAGACGAAGGUUUAACAUCAAUGAUCGCAUCAAAGAACUCGGAAUGCUGAUCCCAAAAGCCAAUGAUCUGGAUGUUCGCUGGAACAAAGGGACGAUCCUGAAGGCCUCGGUUGAUUACAUCAGGAGGAUGCAGAAGGACCUGCAGAGGUCACGGGAUCUGGAGAAUCACUCUCGGCGUCUGGAAAUGACAAAUAAGCAGUUACUGAUCCGUAUCCAGGAGUUGGAGAUGCAGGCACGCCUCCAUGGGCUGCCCGCCUCCUCCAGUGUGAACGUGGCAGAACUAGUUCAGCAGGUCGUGAAGCAAGAAGUGACGGGAGAGGACGGGUCGAUGGAGUCUCAGCAGCCCCAGCUACCUCCAGACCAGGAGACGCAGCAACAGCAACCCCUGCCGCUGCUGCCUCAGUCUUCCUACCAGCUGGACUUGACCCACGGCCUGAGCUUUGACGAUGGCUCCAGAGGGUUCCGCGACCAACUGGACCCCAGCCACAAUGUCUCUUUCCCCUCUUUAUCCAAGAAGGAGCUGGACUUGAUGCUGAUGGAGGACACCAUGUUACCUCUGGCUUCUGACCCCUUGUUCUCCGCCAUGUCCCCCGAGGCCUCCAAGGCCAGCAGUCGCAGGAGCAGCUUCAGCAUGGAGGAUGCUGACAUGCUGUGACAAGGAGCUGCUCAGAGCCUGAGGAAAAGGACGAGGAGUGAGGCUUGUCUGUGAAGACACCACACACACACACACACACACACACACACACACACCCCCAAGAGGACCCCAGUCCACACUUGAGCGUAAAUAGAAAUACAUUUCUUUAUGCAAGUGUUGUCGCAGUCACUGGGAAAGUCAGACCCUUGUUGCUACAGCUUGAUCUGCAAACUUUCUUGCUUUGCCAUUAACUGAGCAGAGCUCCCUGGCUUCGAAUGACCCUAGAUUUACAGCCCAGAUGCCUUGCCUUUCAGCUAAACUUCCCACAAGCCACACACAGUGCAGGAGUGGAGGCUGGAAGCCAGCCCAUCAGGUAUGAGAAGGAGCCUUCGUGUCCUUGUGGAGGCUAAUGGGGCUUGUCGCUCAGAGCGCCUUGCUGCAAAUGUGCAUCCAGCCAAGCUUUACCACUUGAACUUGCGUUUCCUCAAAGUCUUCCCAAGCCCUAGCGCUAUCGUCCUGAAGACGUUGGCAGAGACUGCCUCGUACCGUGUUCCCGCAUUAGGCUUCUCCUUCUCUUUCUGGGCAGGGAUGUGCAGCUUUCCUGAGGGAGGGUGUGGUGUCCCUGGUCGUCGCAGCGUAGGGGAGAUGUGUUUCUCAAGGCUCAUUGGGUAAGAAGGUGCAGCGGGGAGGAGGAAGAGGAGGAGGGUAAUCUGAACAAAUUAUUUAGUGAUACCAGAGGGACACUUUCAAAGCCAGGAGCAGGACUUGGAUGCAACCAUCUCAUUUAUUUGUCACCAGGGUUUGUAAAGGCACCGGCUUUGAGAGUUUACCUUUUGAGACCCACUCAACUUCUGCCCCAUUAGAGAUGGAUUCCUAACCCUCGAAAGCGUAAUGGGGGUUAGGAACCCAUCUCUAAUGGGGUUGGGAUUCUGGUUUGGGCCCAUCUCUGCUUCCUCUCAGUCUGUUCAGAUGCAUCCUGAGACUUCCAAGUGAUACUCGGUCAAAACCAUCAGUGUGCGCCUGGUAUGGAACUAAACCCUUAUUGGUGUGUCCAGAUACCAGCUUCUGGCUUUGCACCCACACUUAUUGGUGCCAGCCAUUUUGCACUAUAAAGCACUUGGGCGGCUUUUUCAAAUGCACGUAAGGGUGUGUUCACACUGCAGCUGGGAUAGGGUGACUAGAGAACAAGGGUGAAAAAUCGGGGUGGGGUGUAAUAGGCGCCUGUCUAAGACAAAGCCUUGAAUAUCAGGACUGUCCCUAUAAAAUCAAGGCAUCUGGCCACCCUAGCUGGAGUGAGCCUCCCAGCCCAGGCAGACUCGUGGUAGCGGGGCUCACGCGAACAGGCUAAGAACAGUAACGUGCUGGUUGCGUUGCGACCUAGGGGUUGAGGCGGGCUUGUACUCAGGCUGGCGUGCAUUGCUGUCUGUGCCGUGCCAUUUAUAUUGUGGUGUUUAGUGUGCUAGCUGGAGCAGAGCAAGCAUGUGUUCGCCUGCCCGAGCUGGGAGGAGCGCUCCCAUCUGCACCUGUAGCCGUGCCCUGAGUGACUUGUGACUACCAAGUAUGUCUUUGGGCUGCAUCUGAACCUGAGACCUGGGGGCAUAUGUGUGUGGGAAUCUCCCCUACGAAGCACACCUGGAAAAGGGGUUUGCAUGUGCCCUUGUACACUGAAACCUCCAAGUUAGGACCCUCAUACUCAGCAUCCCUAGUGCCUGAACCUAGCAAAUCAAGCUAAUGGAAGGCACCCUAAAUAACUGGUUCAGUUAUCGUCAGGGUGAGCUUAGAUCUCUUCCGUUAAAACACUCAGUGGGCCAAAUCCUGGCAGGCUUUGAGUGCCUUCUGCUCCCAGUGAAAUAAGUGAAAGACCUGACUGAGUUGUUUUCUUUCUCAGUCUUUACUCAGGCAAGCCACCCAUUGGGGCCAGUGGGAGGUUUUGCCUGAGUUGAGGGGCCUCUGUUCAGUGUCAUCACGAACACGUGGAAGAUGGCCACAUGAGGUCAAGUGACCUGGAUCCAAAUGCUUUCUGCUGAAAUGUCCACGGAAGGAAUUUUUCUGCCCUUAAAGAGUACAAACCCAGCCAGCAGGGCUGGCUCCAGCUUUUUUGCUGCCCCAAGUGGCAAAGCGGAAAAAAAAAAGAUAAAGCUGCAAUUGGCAGCACUUUGGCAGCUCUGCUGCGCCACUUCAUUCUUUGGAGGCAAUUCGGCGGCAGGUCCUUCACUUCAAGAGGGACUAAGGGACCUGCCGUCGAAUAGCUGUCGAAGACCUGGACGUGCCGCCCCUUUCCAUUGGCCGCCCCAAGCACCUGCUUUCUUCGCUGGUGCCGGGAGCCGGCCCUGCCAGCCAGGGGUAGAAGCUGGGGGAAGUUACAUGGGGUGGAGGGGAAGGAUGGAGGGGGAAUCUGAGUUUAUUGCUCAAAGAGCUUGGCUCUGAAGAGGAGGAGAACAAGGUCUCUGUUCUACAGGGUUCUCUGGCAGCACUGAGGAGCUCAGUGAUAUGGGGAAACUGGUGUUCUAAAUCUCUCAGGUGGGUGCUCCUCCAAGCUAUGCCGCCCCUUCUUGAGGUUGAUCCCAGAACCAAUAUCCCUUUGACGAGGAACUGCCAGGGAAGGUUAAAAACAACCUCUUCCCUCCAACAAGUCCCUCUUCGACUUCCUGUGUCUUCAUGUUCAGGUUCUGCUUUCUCUCGUUGGGCGUGGCAUCCUAGAAACCAUGGAAAUUAGCCUUGCUGAGGUCAAAAGCAAAUAUUAAGGAGUUAUCCUACUCUGGGAAAGGUCUCUUCUGUGUCGUCAUCGUGGCUCUCUGUCUUCCCCCUCGCCUUCAGUUGCUUCCAUGUUUCUGUCAACACAAGCCAUGUUCUUGCUGAUUGGAAGAAGAUAUUUCCAUCCCUGACCAAAACAAGGUUUGGUCAAUUAAGAGAAUGGAAUCGAGGACUCCUUCAACAGGACCAGCACUGGCUCCUGACCUCAUUCAUGUCGUCAUAAUUCUGAGUUGGGGCUCUUCAGACAGAAGGCAAAUCGGUCUUUAUACCAUGUCUUCUGGAUCCUUAAUGUAAACCUGUAUCUGGGCCCCCACAUAGAGACUGGGUAACAGGGCAGCCACCCUGGUGUGAAGCAGCAGGAGGAGGAUUGUACAUUGGUAACGAUUGCCAAAAUCUUAGCCAGGGCUCUUUGGCUUCUAAGAGUCAAUCCCCUCUCCCGUCGGCUAUCCUCAGAUAGUUUUUGGCCUAAAGAGCCAAACCACUGAAGAGUUUCUUUGCACAGCUUUGUAGUUCAGUUGUUUUCUGCUUUCUCACUGCUGUUUAUGUCGGCUCAGCCACAAGGAGAAUUGGGGUGGGGAAGAGGGGUGGGAGUAUCACUUUUAUUUAAAAGAAAACAUGACAGUAUUCUACAGUAAGAGCCUAAGGGGUAUAUGGGGAAGAUGGGGCAAUCUUUAGUAAUGAUUAGGGUUGUCAAGUGAUUAAAAAAAUGAAUCGCAAUUAAUCAUGCAAUUAGAAUACCGUUUCUUUAAACAUUUGUGGAUGUUUUCCACUUUUUCAAACAUAUUGAUUUGAAUUACAACACAGAAUACAAAGUGUACACUGCUCACUGAUAUUUAUUUUUUAUUGCAAAUAUUUGCACUGUAAAAAACAGUUUUCAAUUCACCAAAUACAAGUACUGUGGUGCAAUCUCUGUAUCAUGGAAGUUGAACUUACAAAUAUAUAAUUAUGUACAAAAAAUACCCUGCAUUCAAAAAUAAAACAAUGUAAGACUUUAGAGCCUACAAGUCCAAUCAGUCCUACUUCUCAUUCAGCCAAUCACUCAGACAAACAACUUUGUUUACAUCUGCAGAAGAUAAUGCCAUCUGCUUCUUGUUUACAAUGCCACUUGAAAGUGAGAACAUGCAUUUGCAUGGCACUGUUGUAGCCGGCGUCGCAAAAUAUUUACAUGUCAGAUGCGCUAAAGAUUCAUGUGUUCCUUGAUGCUUCAGACAUAAUUCCACAGGACAUGCGUCCAUGCUGAUGAUGAUUUCUGCUUGAUAAUGAUCCAAAGCAGUGCGGACUGAUGCAUGUUCAUUUUCAUCAUCUGAGUCAAAUGCCACCAGCAGAAGGUUGAUUUUCUUUUUUGGUGUUUUGGGUUUUGUGGUUUCCACGUCAGAGUGUUGCUCUUUUAAGACUUCUGAAAACAUGUUUCAUACCUCAUCCCUCUCAGAUUUUGGAAGACACUUCAGAUUCUUAAAUCUUGGGUUGAGUGCUGUAGCUUAUCUUUAGAAAUUUCACUUUGGUAUCUUCUUUGCAUUUAUCAAAUUUGCAGGGAAAGUGGUGUGGGCAGCAUUAUCUCCCGUAAAUGUUAACAAACUUGUUUGUCUCAGCGAUUGGCUGAACUGGAAGUAGGACUGAGUGGACUUGUAGACGCUAAAGUUUUACACUGUUUUGUUUUUAAUGCAGUUAUGUAGCAAAAAAACCUACAUUUGAAAGUUGCACUUUCAUGAUAGAGAUUGCACUACAAUACUUGUAUGAGAUGAAUUGAAAAAUGCUAUUUCUUUUAUCAUUUUUACAGUGCAAAUAUUUGUAAUAAAAUUUCAAUUAGUAUUCUAUUGUUUAACAGUGUGAUUAAUUUUUUUGAGUUAAUUGCGUGAGUUAACAGCGAUUAAUUGACAGCCCUAGUAAUGAUAUUACAUUAUAUACCCCAGUAACUGCCUUAAGUAUUGCAGGAAGGCUACAGCAAAUUGUAGUGUUUGGGGCCUUUACUGGAGAAUGAUGUAAUAUCUUUCUUUUAUUAGUAACGUCUGGAUCUCAACCCAAAAGUUCAGGAGCACUCGGAUCCAGGCUUUUUUUUAGAUCAGGCCCCAUCUCCAGCCCUGAUUCUGCACUGAGAGCUGCGUGGGUGGGCCCCCUGCACGCACACAAUGCUCCCUUGACUUCAAACCGUGGUGACUGGUGCUGGGCCAGGACCUAAAAUCGUAAGGGAAAACUCAACCUGCCAACUCCCUGAGGAGGAAAGAGCUCGGGAAUUGGAUUGUAGGGUGCUGUGUGUGCACGUGACCAUAGGGUACAGCUGUGGGGCAAACGCAGGUCUGUGAUAGGAGUGAGAUGAUCGCCAGGGUGUAGGCAUUUCCCGAGCUGACAAUGAGAAGUGCCAGUAGGAAGUGACGUUUGCAUGUGAUGGCAAAGAGAGCGAGUGAGAGAAAGCGAGAGAGAGGGCAGCACCCUUUCACCUCUUGAGAUGGGCAGUCCCCAGCCCCUGGCAGUCAGGAGAGUCAGCAUAGAGCAGGGGAAAAGGACGUCCCUAGCCUGUGUUCCCUUGCCCGUAUAGUUGGUAACAGGAGAGGGAACGACUGGUCAGUGUCCCGAGAUAGGAGUCCCGCAAGGGGAGCUCUUGCAAACGUCAGUGAUAUAAAUGCAGGGUUUCUGUGGGAGGUGAACAGACAGGAUUCUCUGUGGCUCUUUCAGUGAGUGGGGCCUGCAGGAUGAGUCAUGAGAGUGUCCGUUGUGCCAUGUUAAACCAGGGCACGGGCUCCGUCUGAGUGAGCCAUUACCUGCCUAUGAACAGGAGUAGUCCUUCAGGGCAGGCCCCUGGAGCCCUGUAGACUUGUGUUAAGUGCCUACGGAUGUGCAGUGUUCAUCCUCAAAUACAGCCAUUAAACUCCUUUACGCAACACAAGCGUCUGUGUGGACGCAGUGUGACCUGUACACAUUUAAAGUAUCACCUGGAGAGUCUUGUGGACUUCUGCUAAGUGCCUGUGGGUAGGUGGCAUGCAUCCUUUGCAGCAGAACCUAUAGAACCUUAUAGAUCCACAUUAAGUGCCUAUGGAUGCACUGCCUAUCUGCAGAGCCUCGCACAUGUAGACUUGUGGAUGUAGGCUAAAAAUCCAGCAGAUACUGGAAGUGGUGCACGGUCAGAGCCAGUUUAGGAAGAGUUGGUGAAGUUAUAGCCAGUGAGAUAGGGUAAGGUUCCAGGAAAGGUGGGUGGGGAGCCGUGCCAAACGGGAUGAGAGUCAGAUUCUUGGAAGUUCUGGUGGAGCCAUAGCCAGUGGGCUGAGAGGAAUGUACCUAGACAGGCCUAGUGUGCUUUGUUGCUCAGGUGCUCUCAUGAGGAGAGUCCCUUAGAGGAAAAUAAAACUGCCUGGUUUGAAUCCAAAGCUCUUUCUGAACCCAUAGCAGGUUGAUUCUGUGUUAUAACUGUGCACUGUUCACGGCAUGCUUCAGCAAACAUAGGAUGCGAUAUAUCGUGUGCAUUAUGCCGUGUGCUUGAGUGGCUUCAGGACACGGUACAUACUAGGGAUGGGCACAUAUGUAACCUUCACUUAAGAUGUCAGCUUGAAUCACUUGACUUUUCUGUUCUUGAGGUCUGAAACCAUGGCAUGCCUUUACACUUCCUGUUGAUGGGUGGGACAGGAAGUGAUGUCAUCUAGCGGAAAGAUUUUUUUCCCCGGUCUGUUGCAGCGUCUGCAGUCUGACUGAAGCCAAGAUUUGUGUGGGAAGACCUGACAUGAUAAGAUUUCAGAUAUGAUGCGGACCCAACCGUCUCAGAAAAGUAUGUGAAUUUGGGAGGGCAAAGCUUGGAAGCCAAGGUUUGCAAAAGUGACUAGUGAUUUUGGGUGCUGUAUUUUCAGACAGUGCUGAGCACCCCACCCUCUGAAAAUCAGACUCCUUUAAGAUAACUUGAGUUGGAUACCCAGAAUCACUAGUCACUUUGGAACAACUUAGCCAGACACUUUGUGAAGUGCUCCUCAAUAGUAUAUACCGUAGUGCAGCAUGUUUCAUGGACUGUGAGUUGCAGUGUGUGCUGUAUGCAGAAUGGGGUCAAUGUCUGUCAGAUACAGUAUAUACUGCACUCAGCUCAUGGCUAUGGGAUGCAGAACAUGCCACACCAUUAUCCCCUGCUCCAGCCUGCGUGAGAAGUGGGGUGCUCCCCAGGCCAUGAGAGAACAGUCAAGGAUUUUUUCAUCUCUUUUGUGUUUUGUUUUUUUUAAUGCACUGUGCUCUGAUUCAAAAAUUUUACUACUGUUUUAUAAAUAAAUGUACAAAAGAAUGAACUAGAAUGGGAAAAAAUCAUUAAAAUAUAUUUAUUUACAGCC